AUGGCACUUAAUCAUAAUCAAAGUGAAGUGCAAGUUAAUCCGUUGAAGUGUAAAUUAAUUGAUUUUAACACCUCUGUAUUUUUAUCGAAUAUUAAUGAAGCAAACCUCAGUUUGGCAACAGAAGAUUAUAUGGCACCCGAAAUUCGCAGCAAUUGUUGGAAAUCUGAAUGUUUAAAAUCUAACAGAAAUGAAGAUAAUGUAUUUAAUUCGUGGCGCUUUUGGGGAUCAGAUUUUGUGGACACGACAGUUGGGGACGACCUUUGGUGA